AUGAGAUCAUCGUUAGCAUCGCUGUCUCUAGGCACUUUGUUCACUCUUCCAUAUGUCUCUGCUGGUCUGAACAAUGUUAGGGAACAAGAACCUCUCAAUGCGGGUAUUGACCCCCUCAAGUACAAGGCAGCAUGUCCAGACUACAAGAACUAUGCCAUGCGACCACAUCCACCAUAUAGCGAAGGACCUCUCGCGCUCCCUUUCCAAAGGCCCUCAAAGUACUGCCGAACCUUCGAAUCAUCUCUUGUCGAGAAAGUCAUCGACGACAUGAACAAGAAGAUCGUUGACAAGGAUCUCGCCCGCCUCUUUGAAAACGCGUUCCCAAACACCCUCGAUACGACCGUACGGUGGCACGUCGACGGGACCGUCAAGCACAAGACGUCGCAGCGCUCAUGGGAUCCGCAUGCAUGGAAGGGCGCGCAGAGCUUCAUCGUCACAGGAGAUAUCAAUGCCGAGUGGCUGCGCGACUCGACAAACCAACUAGCACAGUACCAACUCCUGGCCAAGAAAGACAAGGAGAUACACCAGCUGAUUCUCGGAGCUAUCAAUACACAAGCCGAGUAUGUUAUUGGAUCUCCCUACUGCAACGCCUUCCAGCCGCCUCCCCCAAGUGGCCUGAGCCCGACGUUCCAGGGCGAUGGGGAUACCGUCUCCCCAGACUACGAGCAAUCAUUUGUGUUCGAGUGUAAAUACGAGCUCGACUCUCUCGCCCACUUUCUUUCAUUGUCAAAUCAGUUCCACAACCACACUGACUCUACAGAGUUCAUCAAUGAACGCUGGAUGCUCGCAUUAGACACCCUACUCAACGUUUUGACAGAGCAAUCGAAACCUACCUUUGACGAGAAAACCGGAGCUUACCAGGGCAACGAGUAUACAUGGCAGCGCAAGACCAAUAUCGGUACGGAAACCCUCAGCCUCAAUGGCCUGGGCAAUCCCCUGAACGGCGGCACGAAUCUGGUCCGCAGCGCCUUCCGCCCCAGCGACGAUGCCACAAUUCUAGGCUUCUUCAUCCCCGCCAACGCCAUGAUCGCCGUGGAACUCAAGCGCACUGCCGCCCUCCUCAACAAAGCCGGCAAGAAAACCAUCGCUGCCACAGUUCUCAAAUGGGGCGAGAAAAUCGCAAAAGGCGUUUGGGAACAUGGCGUCGUAACGCACAAGAAAUACGGAGAGGUCUUCGCUUUCGAGGUCGACGGCUAUGGCUCACACAUCCUCAUGGACGAUGCCAACCUGCCUUCGCUUCUUGCACUCCCGCUGCUCGGUUUCUGCGACGUGAAUGACAAGAUUUACAAGAACACCCGCAAGAUGGUUCUAGAGAAGAACGGGAACCCGUACUACCUCACUGGCAGCGACUUGCACGGCAUCGGCGGCCCGCAUGUAGGCUUGCGCAACGCCUGGCCCAUGAGUAUCCUCGUGCAGGCCAUGACAAGCGAUGACGAUGAAGAGAUUAUGGAAUGCUUGCAUCAGGUUAAGAGUGUUAGUCACAAUGGGCUGAUUCACGAGAGUGUGAAUGUGAACAAUUCGAAGACGUAUUCACGCAGCUGGUUUGCGUGGGCAAACUCCGUCUUUGCACAAACUAUCCUUGAUCUUGCGCAGAGGAAGCCGCAUUUGCUAUUUGGGGCCGACGGUGAAGCGUAUACUUUGUGA